UCCUACUUUUUGCACUUCUCCUUUUAACUAGGCGCACUGCGCUUUUACGCACGACUCCACUGACUUUCUAUAGCAGUGCAGAGUGUCAUGAGGACCGUCAGUGUAUGAGCGACAAGCUGCCAUCUCUGCACGAUGAUGAUCAUCCUGCCUGCUCUGUUAAUUCUUUGGGGAGAAGCGGCUCAGUGCCUGGAGGAGGAUGGAAGAUUUAACUUAAAGGGAGACCUCCGUCACUUCGCCGUGGCCAAUGGCACGGUUUACAUCGCUACUGAGGAGAUGCUGUACCAACUAAACCACGACCUGACUCUGGUCCGGAGUCUGAGCCAGAGAGGAUUCUUGACACACAUUCCUGGCACAUCUGAGCUGAAGUUAAACCGAUCUUCUGAUAAGGGGAACGUUACGUUCAGUGUCAACAUGUUAUUGCCGCAUGUUGCAGACGAAAAUGUGAUAGUUUGCGGUGUUAUUGAUAAGGGGUGCGGUUAUUGUGAACUGUUGGACUUCAAGAACAUUGCCAAUGUGCUGUACUGGGAAGAAAUCGAGGUAGGUUCUUUGUGGCGCAGCAGUGCGUCCGUGAGCCUCCUGGUGAGUGUGGAGACUCGGACCCGGGCAGAGACUUACAUUCUCACCGCCGUGCAGCAAUACAAGAAAGAGCCGACAAAGACAGGCUGCCCAUCUUUGUCAGAUGCAGUGAACCUUUGGAACACGAAUAACAAUCAACCAGGACUAAUAUUUUCUACUAAUAGCGAAGACAUAGAUCCUGCGAUCACACGGGAAGACGAUGUGGAGUUUGUGGAUGGAUUUCAGAUGAAUUCCAUCAUCUAUCUUUUCUCCAAUCUGCCCUCAAAAGACAGAAACAACAAAGUCCGUCUCCUUUGGCUUGAAGGCAAAGGAGGUAAACAUCAGACUCUGAAGUCGCUCCGGGGCGCAACUCUCAGAGUCUCUGAUGGAGAGAAAGGACUCAGACUGAUCGCCUCCUCGGUGAUCCCGGGCGGUCCGCCGGUGCUCUGGUGCGGCGUGUUCAGUGUGGACGGAGGACAAACCAACACCGAGCUGGUGCUGUUCGACAUCAGCCCUGACCUCACCAGAGAGCAAGAUAUGGACCCGGACUUCUGCUCUGACUGUCGUGAUAAGAAAGAGGAGGAGCCAAAGACACUGAAGCCGAAGAAGGUGAUCUUCAAGCAGAACUACAUGACUUCUGUGCUGGCGGUGAGACAGAACAACUGGAUGGUUUUCUUCAUCGGGACGGGAGAUGGGCAGCUCAUUAAGGAAUUAAUUGGAGCUGAAUGA